UCAAUUCUCGGUAGAACCUUCUCUUUUUUGCUCCCACUCCCUCCGCCCAGGCUUUUUUCCCCGGCGAUUUCAGAAUGAACCCUAAAAUAUAACACCCCGUCCAACAACAACAACAAAGCUCUGCUGCGAACUCUUUUUUUUUUUCGGGAAAUGGAGAAUUCGUUGGUUGUUGGUUCGGGUGAAACAAUGGAACAAAAGAUCGAGGAAACAGUGAAGGGUAUACUCAGAGAAGCUGAUAUGGACCAAAUGACUGAGUUCAAGCUCCGGAUCGACGCUUCUGCUAAACUCGGUUUCGACUUAUCCGGGACCAAUCACAAGAAGCUAGUCAGAGAUGUCAUGGAGGCCUUUUUGUUAUCCACUCCCGGUGAAGCCCCCUUAGAGGAGACGUUGGCUCCGGCGCAGAAUGAGAGUGUUGCCGCUUCCGUUGGUGUUGAAGAUGAACGCUUUAUUUGUAAGUUAUCGGAGAAGCGAAAUGCGACGGUUCAAAAGUACAGAGGCCAAGCUUUUCUAUCUAUUGGUUCUCAGGAACAUGGGAAGGCUUUUAGAGGAGUACAUUUGUCUACUAACCAAUGGUCUGUGAUCACUAAGAAUCUUGCAGCAAUAGAAGAAGGUAUUAAGCAGUGCGAAUCAAAAUUGAAAUCUGAAUCAACACAGAACGGAGAUACAUCUGAGGCUUUGGAUAAGAAGAACAGCUUUCACGGGUUUCCUCUUAUCAAGACUUCACGGUUUGAUGGGAAGGGUUAUCUUUCCUGGGCAACACAGAUGGAACUCUUUUUGAAGCAAUUUAAUCUGACUUAUGUUCUCUCUGAACCCUGUCCCGGUAUUGGUAGCUCUCAAGGCCCUGAAACCAACCCCACUGAAAUAACUCGAGCUGAUGUUGCGUGCAAAAAAUGGCUGAGAGAUGAUUACCUUUGCCACAAUCACUUGAUGAACUCCUUGUCUGAUCAUCUAUACCGUCACUACUCGGAGAAAUUCAAGCAUGCCAAAGAAUUGUGGGACGAGUUAAAAUGGGUCUACCAGUGUGAGGAAUCCAAUUCGAAGAGGUCACAAGUCAGAAAGUACAUUGAAUUCAAAAUGGUGGAAGAGAGACCGAUACUCGAGCAAGUCCAAGUCUUUAACAAGAUUGCUGACUCCAUAGUGAGUGCUGGUAUGUUUCUUGAUGAGACAUUUCAUGUGAGUACCAUCAUCUCCAAGUUUCCCCCAUCGUGGAGAGGCUUCUGCACCAGGUUAAUGGAAGAGGAGUUUUUACCGGUCUGGAUGUUAAUGGAACGAGUGAAGGCUGAGGAAGAGCUCCGCAGAAAUGGAGCACAAGGAGGGGUUACAUAUAGACCAGCGGCAGGCUCCUCUCAGAUGGAAAGGAGACCUAGUCUAGGAACAACACAUAGAGGAUCCCAGAGCAUAGGUUGGAAGAGGAAAGAACCCGAGAGAGACGGGAGAGUCAUCAUCGUCUGUGAAAACUGUGGGAGGAAAGGACAUCUCACAAAGCAUUGCUGGGGUAAUAAAUCUGAUGAGAGAGCUUCCGGGAAACCAAAUCGGGUUAACUUUUCAGUCCCUGCACCGGUGGAUUCAGAGACUCAAGCAACAACCAACAGUGAUAUUCUUAAAGGUUAAUCUUCUGAGUACUGAUUUAUAACUUUUAUAUAUAGUUCAGUACGCUGAAUUGUAUAAAAGGAAACAGAUAGAUAGGAACUAUAUCAGUUUUGGCCUAAUUUAAUGUAAAGGUAACAUUUAUGAAAGAAAAUUCUUAAAUUCUAUUUUGAAAAAACAGAAACCUUGAAGAAUACUCAAAAAUCAUAGUUAUACA